UCGUUUGACAGUUCCAGCCAAUCAAAACAAAGUAGCUUUUGUUUGGAUGAUAGCACAUAUUUUGCUGGAAAGAAAAUACCAUUCUCCGGCUUUUGGGUGAAACGAAUCAACCACGCAAUCACUUAAAAUUUACGGUAGAAAAAGCAACUGAAAAGAUGCAGUCAUCAGAUUACUUUGGCAUGGAGAUGCUGUGGAAGUUGGAGCAGAAUAAUGUAAACACCAAAUCCGAUCUGAUGGUGCUGUUCGUGCACUGGUACCUGAUGAGGAACGGAUUUCGCAACGUUGGUGUUGGUGACGAUAAAACGCUCGAUAACAUUGCUGAACAGAGCGAACUGUUGCCGGAAGGCUGGAACGCAAAUAAUGCGUCGUACGCACUGCGCUACACGAUCAACAAUGAGCUGUACAACCUGCACGGAACUCUUUCGAACGGCACGAUGAUUAUCAAUCUGCUGCAUGCAAAGAGUCUACAGGUUUCGAACGUUGUCUUCAAUUUGGACGCGACCGUUCAAUCGAUCCGGGGCAGCAAAAUUAUGGAUCUAAUUGUCAAAGUCGAUGAACAAAUUGCUCGACUGGAUAGCGAACUGGUGAAGCCAAUUCACAGUGGACCAUCGAAAAGCUCCGGCACACAGACUGCGGCACCACUAGCGCAAAGCGGUAUUGCUGAUGGUGGCAGUACGCGGCGGGUUGAUCAGGGCCGAAUACCCAUUCCACCGUAUGGUCACGCGGAUCGUGAUCCGUUGGGAGUUCUUGGUGGUGGUAUGCUGAUGGAUCCGCUACGUCCCAGAAUGCCCAACUCUGGUUUCUUUGUGCCACGACCGCGUAUCGAUCCGAUGGGACCAGUCAAUCGGAUCAAUCAGUUCCCAAAUCCGGAUCAUCUUCCUCCGCCAGGGUACGAUGAUAUGUUCAUGUAAGACAAAGCGGUUUUCUAUUCAUGUAUGUCUGAUCAAUGCUACUAAAUAUACUCUUCGUUUGAUGGUCUAAAUAUACCCAGAGGCAAAUAGAAGUUUA